UACACCUUCAGUGUAUCUUCCAGUACGACGCAAAAAUGGCUUCCUCGCGGCGUGUGAUGCCCGAUGAUUUGAAAAAUAUCGAGUUCGAAACCAGUGAAGAUGUUGAAGUUGUCCCAACUUUCGAUAAUAUGGGGAUCCGUGAAGAUCUUCUGAGGGGGAUCUACGCGUAUGGUUUUGAGAAACCUUCUGCAAUCCAACAGAGAGCCAUCAGACCUAUAGUAAAAGGAAGGGAUGUUAUUGCGCAGGCCCAGUCAGGAACUGGUAAAACAGCCACAUUCUCUAUUUCGAUCCUACAGUGUCUAGAUACACAGAUCCGAGAAACACAAGCCUUGGUGCUCUCACCCACAAGGGAACUGGCUGUGCAGAUCCAGAAGGUACUGCUUGCACUUGGAGACUACAUGAGUGUCCAGUGCCAUGCAUGUAUUGGAGGGACCAACGUUGGAGAAGAUAUCAGAAAGUUAGAUUAUGGGCAACACGUAGUAUCUGGUACACCUGGGCGAGUGUUUGACAUGAUCAGAAGAAGAAACUUGCGGACGAGAUCAAUAAAGAUGCUGAUCCUUGACGAGGCAGAUGAAAUGAUGAAUAAAGGUUUCAAGGAACAGAUUUAUGAUGUGUACCGAUACCUUCCCCCAGCAACACAGGUGUGCCUCAUCUCUGCCACAUUGCCCCAUGAAAUCUUAGAGAUGACCAGCAAGUUUAUGACAGACCCAAUCAGAAUAUUGGUAAAACGUGAUGAGUUGACACUUGAGGGUCUGAAGCAAUUCUUCGUUGCCGUAGAGAGAGAGGAAUGGAAGUUUGACACGCUGUGCGACUUAUAUGACACGCUGACCAUUACACAGGCAGUCAUCUUCUGUAACACAAAGAGAAAGGUUGACUGGUUGACAGACAAAAUGAGAGAGGCCAACUUCACGGUGUCGUCAAUGCAUGGUGACAUGCCACAGAAGGAAAGAGAUGCUAUUAUGAAAGAUUUCAGAUCGGGCGCAAGUCGAGUCUUGAUUACAACUGAUGUGUGGGCACGAGGUAUUGAUGUGCAACAAGUAUCGCUAGUAAUCAACUAUGAUCUGCCCAACAAUCGUGAGUUGUACAUACACAGAAUUGGUCGAUCAGGUCGAUUUGGUCGCAAGGGUGUCGCCAUCAACUUUGUAAAGAGCGAUGACAUCAGAAUUUUACGAGAUAUUGAGCAGUACUACUCCACGCAGAUUGAUGAAAUGCCAAUGAAUGUUGCUGAUCUCAUCUAAAUUUGAAGAAUGGAGAAAGAAAAAUCAACCCUUGACGGAAGUCAAAUAAGGCUUCAGGAUACUGAUCGGUGUUUAAAUCAUGAACUAUUUUGUUGACUGCCGCUCCAAGUGGAUAUUUGUGUUGCUUUCAUCCCUGUUGCAGUAGCUUGAGAAUGUGCUUGCUGCUACGAGGGGCACUGCUUGAAUCUUCGUCCAGGACUUAUAGCCUGGUUUGGUCUUGUACCCAGAGCUAUGAGAAGAUUGGUUCAAUAUCUGCUUUUCAGACCUAGGUUAUCGUCAAACAUUUUCCAUUACUCCUCAUUUUUAUGUUUCACAUGAAAAAUAUCAAUACAGUGAUGGCAGGUCUGUUUCACCCUUGCAUCGUGGUGUCCAACAUGUGUACUAUCUGUGCUGUUUCAUUGAUCUAACGUUUGUGGUUCUUCAGACUAUUUCAUGUAACGCAAUGACGUGUACCGGCAUCUAACAGUGUUCAACAUGUACAUGUACCUACUGUGUAUGCACGCACAUGUACAUUCUUUGCAUUUCACUUGAGUAUAAACAGUAGGAGUUGGAACAUAUAGGCACAUGUGCAUAGUAAAACUAGUAAUUUGAGGGCAGUUUGUUUUUUCAAAAUUUUGAAGCAUCUUUGAACAUUUCAAGGAAUCUUUGGCCUGACAAUAUUUAUUUUUUCAAUGUACCUCAGUAACUUUUUUUGAAAACUUUUCAUAGCAUCACUAUGUACAUGUACAUGUUUCAAAAAAUGGUAAUAAAGACAACUUUUAU